ACAGAAUCCUUCCAGCUGAUAACCCCUCGAAGUCCCAUCUAUCAUUAGGGCUUCCUUGCUUUCCUGGGAUUGUUAGGAACCUCCUCGAAUCUUCUGAGAUAUCCUCAACUACUGGCCAAAGAUAAAGUGGUCCUGCUCUCAAGGAGUGAGCAUUUCCCCUAACUCAUCUCUGGAGCUCUCCUGGUCAUGUAUGUGCUAAUGAGAUUCCAGGUUCUGCGAGGCCUUCAGCUUGCCUGGCCAACCUACAGAUCCCUUCACCAUCAUCCCAAGCACUGUCUUGCCCGACCUUUCUCAAGGACGAAGACACUACAAUGGGCAAACUAUGAAAUCCCCAAAGAAUUCAAUUUUGCCAGUGAUGUGAUUGAUCACUGGGCACGAAUGGAGAAGGAGGGCAAAAGAGAUCCACUCCCUGCCCUGUGGUGGGUGAAUGACAAAGGGGAUGAAGUGAAAUGGAACUUUCGGGAACUGAGUGACUUAACCAAUCAAACAGCCAAUGUUUUAACAGACACCUGUGGCCUGCAGCGGGGAGACCGAGUCCUUUUGAUCCUGCCCCGGAUCCCUGAGUUGUGGCUGCUGACAGUGGGCUGUAUGCGGGCAGGACUUGUCUUCAUACCUGGAACAACCCAGUUGACAGCCAAAGACAUCCUCUACCGAUUGCAGUCAUCAAAGUCCAAGGCCAUUGUGGUCAAUGAAACCUUGGCCCCAGUUGUGGACUCCAUAAUGUCUGACUGCCCCCUGCUGAAAACCAAGCUUCUGGUAUCUGAGAAUAGUCGAGAUGGGUGGCUGGAUUUUAAGACACUGCUUAAAGCUGCAUCUGUGAACUACACUUGUGUAAGGACAAAGAUCCAAGAGCCUAUGACCAUCUUCUUCACCAGUGGAACCACAGGCCUACCCAAGAUGGUCUUGCAUACCACUGGGCUCGCAAUGAGAUCAUGUCUCCCAUCCACCAGGCAAGUCAUAAGACUUACGAGUUCUGAUAUCUCAUGGUGUAUGUCAGACUCUGGCUGGAUUUUAUCACUUGUGGGGUCGAUACUAGAACCUUGGAACGCAGGAACCUGCAGCUUCAUCCAUGGCAUGCCCCAGUUCAACCCUGAGAUCAUUCUGCAGACUCUUUCCAGAUUCCCUAUCACUUGCACGAUAGCUGCCUCAUCCUUAUAUCGAAUACUCCUACAAUUCAAUGUUUCCAGUUACAAAUUCCCAACCCUGAAGCACAGUGUUUGUGGUGGUGAGGUACUGCUGCCUGAAGAUUUUGAGAAGUGGAAAAGAGCAACAGGUGUGGCUAUCCAUGAAAUAUUUGGACAGUCAGAAACGGGUAUAACUUGUGCAGUGUCCAGAGGAAUGAAGAUCAAGAAAGGCUCCAUGGGGAAAGUUAUUCCACCCUAUGACAUGCAGAUCAUAGAUGAGAAAGGAAAUAUCCUGCCACCAGGGAUAGAAGGGGAAAUUGCCAUCAGGAUCAAACCUACUAGACCUAUCGGCCUAUUCUCUGGCUACUUGGAUAAUUCAGAGAAGACUUCCUUACCAGAACGUGGUGACUUUUACCUCACAGGUGACAGAGGCCAUGUGGAUGAAGACGGCUAUUUCUGGUUCCUGGGUCGAUCUGAUGACAUCAUUAAUGCUUCUGGGUAUCGCAUUGGUCCCUCUGAAAUUGAAAACGCCCUGGCCGAACACCCAGCCGUGGCAGAAUCAGCAGUCAUCGGCAGCCCAGACCCAGUCCGAGGAGAGGUGGUAAAGGCAUUUGUGGUCCUGACCCCGGAGUUUAGGUCCCAUGACCAUAACCAACUGUCUCUGGAGCUGCAGCAGCAUGUGAAGAAUGUUACUGCCCCCUACAAGUACCCCAGGAAGGUGGAGUUUGUCCUAGAACUGCCCAAAACCACCGCAGGGAAGAUCAAGAGGAACGAACUCCGGAAAUAUGAAAAGUGAUCUACUUCUGGGUUCCAGCUCAGAUUCCAUUGGAACCUGUGUCUCUCUUAAGUGGAGUCUUUGUCAGCUACAUACAAACAUUUAAGUGAUAUUGGGCUGAAAUAAAAGAGACCAGGGCAAUUGUUCUCUUCCCAGCUUUA